GAUCACUACUGUAUCUAUGAAGGGUCAAGAUAGGAAUAUCCGUCUGGAGAUAAGGGUUAAAAGGUAACUCUUUUCCACUCAAACUCAACGCUUGAUCUCAGAACUCCUUUUGCAUCAUCAACCCCAACACGAUCUAUUGAUACAACAAAACAGUCAUCUUCUAGCCCUACCUACAAAGCAAUCUCAGCACACAUCGUCAUGGCUCCCAUCGCCACCUCUUCCCCUACCACCUCUCUCCCCACCAAUAACUCCAGCCUCGCCAGCUACAAGGGCUACGACCAUGUGCACUGGUACGUGGGCAACGCCAAACAGGCGGCCGCCUUCUACAUCACCCGCAUGGGCUUCCAGCGUGUGGCCUACCGCGGCCUCGAGACCAACAGCCGCGCGGUCUGCUCGCAUGUCGUCCGCAACGGCGACAUCACCUUCAUCCUGACCUCUCCCCUGCGCUCCCUGGACCAACUCGCCCGCUUCGACCCCGCCGAGCAAGACCUCCUCCGCGAAAUCCACGCCCACCUCGAGCAGCACGGCGACGCCGUCAAGGACGUGGCCUUUGAGGUCGACUCGGUGGAUGCCGUGUACAACGCCGCCGUGGCCAACGGGGCAAAAGCCGUCUCGGGCCCGCAGACCCUCGAGGAUGGCGACGGACAGGUGCGCGUGGCCACCAUCCAGACCUACGGACAGACGACGCACACCUUGAUCGAGCGGGGACAGUACCACGGGGCCUUCCUGCCCGGCUAUCGGGUAGAGACUGGUGGCCCCGAUCCCAUCACUGCUCUUCUGCCGGGGGUGCAUCUACGACACAUCGAUCACUGUGUGGGGAACCAGGAUUGGGAUGAGAUGGAUAAGAUCUGCCAAUACUACGAGAACGCGCUCGGUUUCCACCGCUUCUGGUCCGUCGACGACAAGGACAUCUGCACUGAAUUCUCCGCCUUGAAGAGCAUCGUUAUGGCCUCUCCCAACGAGGUCGUCAAAAUGCCCAUCAACGAGCCCGCCAAGGGCAAGAAGCAGUCCCAAAUCGAGGAGUACGUCGACUUCUACAACGGGGCCGGCGUGCAGCACAUCGCCCUCCUCACGGACGACAUCAUCCGCGACAUCACCAACCUCAAGGCACGCGGGGUGGAGUUCAUCCAGGUGCCGGACACCUAUUAUGAGGACAUCAAGAUCCGGCUGAAGAAGGCGGGGCUGGUGCUGCACGAGGACUUUGAGGAGAUUCGCAAGUUGGAUAUCUUGAUUGAUUUCGACGAGGGGGGGUAUUUGCUCCAGCUGUUUACUAAGCAUCUGAUGGACCGUCCAACGGUGUUCAUCGAGAUCAUCCAGCGGCAUAAUUUCGCUGGGUUUGGCGCGGGGAACUUCAAGUCGCUGUUCGAGGCGAUUGAGCGGGAGCAGGCGCUGAGGGGGAAUUUGGUUUGAGGCUGAGGCGGGUUCGG